AUGGCUGCGGCUGCAAAGGCUCCGGCCCCAGCGCGGGCCAUACAGGCUUCGCGCUCCGGGCGCAACUCCAACAAGGGUGGCGUCGCCAGCCUCGCCCUCGCUUGGCUGCAGCUGGCCCUCACCUACGACAACGCCAGGACCGCCGUGUUCCUCGUCGUCGUCGUGCGCUACCUGGACCGCCUCCUCCGGCACCUCAAGGUCUACGGCCUCACCGCCAGCCUCCACCAGGUCUACCGCGCCAUCUCGGCUCGUGCGUUCGCCCUCCUCCUCAAGACGCCUGCUGCCAAGCGCAAGGUCAAUAGGGAACUCCGCGAUGCCAUGAAGGACGUGGAGGCAAAGAUCGUGCCGCGUCCCAAGCACAUCGAAUCGCAACACCGCCUGCCCGUGCUCGGCAAGGAGACCGAGUGGCUCCGCUCCGAGCUCGCAAAGCUGCAGAAGAUGGAGGCCGGCGGCGUCGAUGCCAACACCGUCGCCACCUUGUGGCAGAUGCGGGACGGGCAGUCGGUGUGGAAGGACGGAAAAGUGUCCGGCGCCGUGUACCAUGGCGGCGACGACCUCAGCGACCUCGUCAGCGAGACGAUCAAGGCCUUUCUGCUCACCAACCCGCUCCACCCCGACGUCUUCCCCGGCGUGCGCAAGAUGGAAGCCGAGGUGGUCCAGAUGGCGCUGCGCAUGUACAACGCCCCCGAGACCGGGGCGGGUGCGACGUCGUCCGGCGGUACCGAGUCGAUCCUCCUCGCCUGCCUCGCCAUGCGCGAGUGGGGCCGCCGCACCAAGGGCAUCACCGAGCCCGAGCUCGUCGUGCCCGUCAGCGUCCACGCCGCCUUUGACAAGGCGUCGACCUACUUUGGCAUCAAGAUCCACCACAUCCCCGUCGACCCCGUCACGCGAAAGGUCAAGCUGGGCCGCGUCGCGCGCGCCAUCAACCGCAACACGAUUGGCCUCGUCGGCUCCGCGCCCAACUUCCCCGACGGCGUCAUCGACGACAUCCCUUCGCUCGGCGUGCUCGCCAAGAAGCACAACAUCCUCCUCCACGUCGACUGCUGCCUCGGCUCCUUCCUCGUCCCCUUCCUCGAAAAGGCCGGCUUCCCCUCGGAGCCGUUCGACUUCCGCGUCGAGGGCGUCACGUCGAUCUCGUGCGACACGCACAAGUACGGCUUCGGGCCAAAGGGCCUCUCGACGAUCCUCUACCGCACCAGCGAGCUGCGUCGCUUCCAGUACUACGUCAAGACCGACUGGCCGGGCGGCGUCUACGCCACCCCGACGCUCUCGGGCUCGCGGCCGGGCAGCAUCAUCGCGGGCACCUGGACGGCCAUGAUGAAGCUGGGCGAAUCGGGCUACACCCAGAGCUGCCGCGACAUUGUCGGCGCCGCCAAGACGAUCGCCUCGCGCAUCGAGACAGAGGUGCCGGACCUCUACGUCCUCGGCAAGCCGCUCGUCAGCGUCGUCGCGUUUGCAUCGCGGCCCGGCACCACGGUGUCGAUCUACGACGUCGGCGACGGCAUGUCGGCGCGCGGCUGGCACAUGAACGGCCUCAGCGGCGACAUUUCCGCCAUCCACAUCGCCGUCACCCGACUGACUGUCCCCGUCGUUGACGAGUUCAUCAGCGACCUCAAGCAAGUGACGGCCGAGGCCCGCAAGAAGGCCGGCAAAAAGGAGGGAGGAAAGGAGGGCAGCAUGAAGGCCCUCUACGGUCUUGGAACGGGCGUCAGUGCCGGCAUGGUCAUUGGCGAGCUGGCGAGCCGGUUCAUUGAUACCCUCUACCUCGUCUAG